AUGGUCAAAUAUUUGAGGUGGAAGUCGUGGUAUACCCACAUGCGGCUAAGUGCUAAAACCGAGAAAACUCCUUACGUUUACUUCCCUCCUCUGCAAUUCGGCGAACGUCGACAGUUCGCCAGAGUUUUUGAUUCUGAGUAUCCCUUCAAAAGGUAUAUAUGGGACUUAAUAUGGUACCGUGUCGUGAAUUAUAUUCCUACCUCAUACAUGGAUGGCCUGUUCGAUACACCAUAUCCAGUUUAUGAUAUCAGGCAUCAGGAUGCAGUACUUUAUCAUGUACAUGAUGCCGUUUUAAACCGUUCUGUUUUGGUCCAAUCGGAGAGCAAUAUUAACAAAAGACGUCAAAGCAAGACGGACAAAAAGAAAUUCGCUGAAGAAUCGAACCCAAAAUUUGACGUGCAACUUUCUGGUGAUUGGAUCUUAGCUGGAGUCGGCAGAGUUAUACCAUUUGUAACCACAGGCCUUCGUCUACCAGAGCUCGGUGAACUAAUAACUCUAAUAAGUACUAGCAAUUUACCUUCAUAUGACGACUUUGCGAUUUUUUUCGCCAACAUCACUAAUCUAUUUGAUCUUCCGUUGGAUCAUUUAGUAAAAAACAAUUUCACUCAUGUUUAUACGAGAUGGACGCUCAGCGACGAAGAUUGGCGUUCAGAACAAAUAUCUUUAGAAAAAAGGGUAUCCAACUCCGAGGUUAAUUUUAAUGAUCACCACGCACUACCACUGUCUAGUGCUGCAGCUUCUGAUGUCAUGGCAACAUUUUUGGAAGAACCUUUUUGUAUAGAACUUCGCGGGAUAAGGAUACCUCCAACGACACAAAAAUCAAAAUUUUUCGGUUAUGACAAAAAUGAUCGUGAUUUUGCUAUUGGCAUAACACCACCAAUGCCUAAUCAAGAAGUGGAUAUUCUCAUUGCACAGACGAAAAUAGAUUCGAGAGCUUUAAAAAAAGUCAAUGCUGUUGUCAAAGGAGAGUUUUCAUUAUUCCCCCCUGAGACAUAUAUUGUGCCACUGGAACGUGAAGGAAUUUGUACAAACGAUAUAAAUGCAAUAAGAACCAAGGUCAAACCGGAGUUUGUUAUUCAACCAAGUAAAGUCCUAGAGGCACAGAUGACAUUAGAAGUAUCGUUUGGACUUGUAGGAUGUAAACCUCAUCCAACAAAUCUUAGAUAUUCUAGAUUAUAUUGUCUUAUUAGUGACCAUAACGCCAUAAUGGCUAUAUUACGACACAUUACGGAAAUAAACGAGUUACUGCUGUUAUCUGGCCAUAGACUUGGUUUACUGACAGGAUUUGCGCUAGAUACAGGAGAUACUGUGAUAUUGGGAAAACUCAUCAAAUGGGUCAGUAGUCUUAGGUGCGAUGACUCUUCCGUGCCCCGUGGUGGACUCUUACUGACUAAACUCCUCGUUCCUGCUCCUGCGCUGCGGCCAAGCGAGGCAUACUGCGCUAGCACCCGCGACCUCGACUGGACAUCAGCACAUGAGGGGUUCACACCUAGACCCUCAGCCGGGGUUGCGGGGCAUCUCCUCCUUCUGCGAAGCAGUUAUGCUCGCAAAGGAGGAGGCGGAGCGCGUGAUGUUACUAUCCUUCUCGCGCCCCAGCCGCCGCAGAAGGCGACAUUCCGGACGUCGGGGAUCGAGAGAUGA